UGCAGCCAGAUAACAGCCCCAACAGUUGGAUCAAGUACCAGCUCGUUCACCGCCGCAACCCGAAUGGACACCAAAACACUCUAACGGUCUCCUCCGCGACUCCUUCAGACUGAAGUUUGCGCUGAAAGUUAGUAACAGCAGAUGGUUGGUAGUAUGUAAAAGCUUCUCGUGAGAGACUGUCGCUAAAGAGGAAGGCUGUAGGGAGACAAGGGAGGGACGCAGCUUUCCGUUAAUUCACUUCCAGCGCACAACGGCUGUAAACGGCACCAUGAGCGUCCCGCUUUACGCACCGACUCCCAUCCAGCCUGCUCACCCGACUCCCUUCUACAUCGAGGACAUUCUCGGGAGGACUGCCUCCGCCACCUUCUCUCCCUCCUCUUCCUCCUCCUCCGCCUCUUCAUCCUCCUCCUGCUCCACGCCGGUCAUCCCCACGCCGACUCUCGCAUCGCCCAACUCUUCCUUCACGAGUCUCAUCUCGCCUUAUCGGACGCCCAUUUACGAACCCACGCCGAUCCACCCGGCGCUGUCGCACCAUGCCGCGGCGACGUUGACCGCUACGUACGCCACCGCCGGGGCUUUCGCCGGCCCCAUCUACCCGUUCCACCACCACCAGCACCACCGCUCAAUGGGGGAGUACGCACAGGCGCUGCUGAGGCGCGACCCUCUCGGAAAGCCUCUGCUGUGGACUCCCUUCAUCCAGCGGCCACUGCACAAACGAAAAGGCGGUCAGGUCCGGUUCUCCAACGACCAGACCAUAGAGCUGGAGAAGAAGUUUGAGACACAGAAAUACCUGUCUCCUCCGGAGAGGAAACGGCUGGCCAAGAUGCUGCAGCUCAGCGAGAGACAGGUAAAAACCUGGUUCCAGAAUCGACGGGCGAAGUGGCGGAGACUGAAACAGGAGAAUCCCCAGGGAGGUAAGAGGGAGGCGGAAGACGACGGCUCCGCCGGAAGGAGUAACGGUAAAGGGGACGAGGCGAGCGAGUCGACCGGGAUCCAGAGCCCGGAGCACAGACAGACAGUUCGCGUGAGGUCCGCGUCCCCGCAGCAGCUCCACACAGAGCUGGACUCUGACGUGUCAGACGACACGGACCGGGAGCUGGACAUAGAGGACGACGACGACGACGAAUUCACACGGAACACGCAGUUUUGAACCGCAGGCCCCGCACCCGAACUGAGACUGGAUCCGCUCGGACAGUUGGGGCCUUCAUUCAGACAGGCCGGUAGCUCCUGGUGUGUUGUAUAUAAAGCAUCUUAUUCUGCUGUAUUUGUGCUGAUGGUUCUGACUGUAAAUGAAGAGUAGGCUCAUAGAUUAGUUUCUCUGUUUUUAUCCUUUUAGAUGAUGAAGCUCUUACUGGCCUUAAAAUGUGACAUUCCCUACUACAAUCAACAUAGAGCUAAUUAAUGAUUUGAUUGGUGGCAUCUAAUAAACUAUUUUUGUGAUAAGAGCUGGAAUUUAAUUGAGAUUUAUUAUCUUAUAUUUGGUGGGGAAAUAAAGGAAAUCAAUUAAUAAAAAAGAAAACAAAAAUUAGGCCUUUUAUAGGAAUUAAACUAACAGAAUGAGAACAAAUCAAUGAAAUGAAAUAAACUGAA